AUGGUGAAGAAUGGCUAUCAGAAUAAGAAAUCAGGGACCAAAAAUACAAGGCAUUCCAGUGAUGAAAUUUGUGAAAGUGAAAGCAAAGAGAAUAAUGAAAAUCAAGCAGCAUCUUCUGGCCUAGAUUCGCAACAAAGUGAAAAUAAUCAAAGUCAAGGAGAAGAAGAGGAUAGACGAUUAUUAGCUUUCAAAAACACUGCAGUUGGCUGUGUUAUGUACUUUUUACGAAAGCACAGCCCAGCUCCUAUCGAAAAAAUUAUUGAAUUUGUAAAGUCUAAGGAAGAUUCCCUCGUUAAUUCAAAAAAGCAUAAAUAUAAGAAAAGCGCCUUUGAGAUAGUGGAUUAUGCUUUGACUUGAUAUCCAAAGCUUUUCUUAUUAAAUGAUCGGUUUCACUAUUACUUAAAUGUAAUUAAGAAUUAGGAAAAAGAGGCAGAAAAGCACGAAAAAAAGUACAAAUCGAUGGAGAAUGCAAAUUCUGGCAAAAGGAAAUUGAAAUAUAAGGAAAAAGCUGAAAAGAGAAGGGAAAAUAUCGAAAAGAUGAAUAGAAUCAGAACGCAGAUUGAAGAUGACUUAAGAAGUGGGACGGCCGAACCUUCUUUACUUACUAAAACCUAUAAGGUUUUAACUUCAGGCGAUCAGAAAGCAGCUGAGGAUCUUAAAUCAGUGAUAAGAUCUGCUUAUCUUGAAUUCAGGGGCUUAUCUCCUUAA